GCCCGCCGCCUGCCGCGGAUCGCGUGGUCGGCUCGGCUCGCCGCGCCUCUCCCCCGUCCGUCCAUAUUGCAGUAGCCCCCGAGCCGGGAAGCUCGGGCCGUCCCGGCGGCGGGGGGGAGGGAGGGACGGGACGAGAAGCCCGCCAGGCUCCGGGUGGGGUUGCCUUCCUAGAAACGGGCGGGGGGGGACGCGCGCCAAGGAGGCCUGGACCGCAGAGUGGGGGGCCUUCCUCCCCCCCCCGCCCCGCCAGCGGGCCUCGGAUCUACAGCGGCUGCAUCCGACCGGGAGGGAGGCCGCGCCUAGCGUGAACCCCGACCCUUAGCAGGGACUGGGUCCCAGCGCCGCGGAGGAAGGCGUCGCGGGCGCUCUGAGAGCCAAGUUCGAGGCGGGGGAGGCCGCCUCUGUCGCGCCCGGCUUCUCCGGGGGGGCGGGCGCGCAGAUGGCCACUCAGGUGGAGCCGCUGCUGCCGGGAGGCGCCCCGCUCUUGCAGGCCGAAGAGCACGGGCUGAUGAGGAAGAAGCCGCCGCCGCCUGAGGGCAAGGGCGAACCCGGGGCGAACGACAUCGGAGGGGGGGAGCCGGACAGCAGUGGCCGCAGACUUCGGCCGCCUUGCGCCAAGCCACACAAGGAGGGCACCGGGCAGCUGGAGCGCGAGAGCCCGCGGCCUCCUCAGCCGCCCGGCGCCGAGGGCCUGGCCUUCAGCGACGGGGAGGAGGGCGGUGAGCCGGGCGCUGCCGGAGGAGUGGCCGCGGGCUCCGGGCGCCGGGACUUCGUGGAGGCCCCUCCGCCCAAGGUGAACCCGUGGACUAAGAACACGCUGCCGCCGGUCGUAGCCGCUGUGAACGGACAGUCCCCUCCAGACCACGGAAUCCUGCAUACGCACCUGGAGAACUUUCCUGCAGAGGACCCGCACACAUCCUUGGACAGCAGGAGUGUCUGUGGGCCUCUGGUGGCACGGCCUGGAGGGCCAGCCUCCACUCCUUUGGAAACAAUCAAACCUUCUGCUCCAGCCAAGGUGGUGAGGGCAGCAGUUCCCAAACAGCGCAAAGGCAGCAAGGUUGGUGACUUUGGAGAUGCAAUCAACUGGCCCACACCUGGAGAGAUAGCCCACAAGAGUGUGCAGCCACAGCCCCACAAGUCUCAGCCUGCCCGUAAGCUGCCACCCAAAAAGGACAUGAAGGAGCAGGAGAAAGGAGAGGGGAGUGAUAGUAAGGAGAGCCCGAAAACCAAAUCGGAUGAAUCAGGGGAGGAGAAGAAUGGGGAUGAGGACUGCCAGCGAGGGGUUCAGAAGAAGAAAGGGAACAAACACAAGUGGGUCCCAUUGCAAAUAGACAUGAAGCCUGAGGUGUCCAGAGAGAAACUGGUCUCACGCCCUGCCCGCCCACCAGAGCCAAGACACACACCUGCCAACCGUGGGGAGAUCAAAGGGUCUGAGCCUGCCCCCUACGUGCCUGUGCCUGUGGCCCCCCCUACCCCAGCCUGGCAACCAGAAACCAAACCGGAGCCUGCCUGGCCCGACCAGGAUGAGACAUCGAGUGUGAAGAGUGAUGGGGCUGGUGGGGCACGGGCUUCCUUCCGCGGCCGUGGACGGGGGCGUGGUCGUGGCCGGGGACGCGGCCGGGGUGGCGCUCGAACCCAUUUUGACUACCAGUUCAGCUACCGAAAAUUCGAUGGUGCAGAGGGGCCUCGAACCCACAAGUACAUGAACAACAUCACCUACUACUUUGACAAUGUCAGCAGCACUGAGCUUUACAGCGUGGACCAGGAGCUGCUCAAGGACUAUAUCAAGCGCCAGAUUGAAUACUACUUCAGCGUGGACAAUUUACAGCGAGACUUCUUCCUGCGACGGAAAAUGGAUGCUGACGGUUUCCUUCCCAUCACUCUUAUUGCUUCCUUCCACCGAGUGCAGGCCCUUACCACUGACAUUUCACUCAUCUUUGCGGCCCUAAAAGACAGCAAGGUGGUGGAGAUUGUUGAUGAGAAAGUUCGCAGGAGGGAGGAGCCAGAGAAAUGGCCUCUUCCCGGUCCCCCAAUAGUGGACUAUUCCCAGACCGAUUUCUCCCAGCUUCUCAACUGCCCUGAGUUUGUGCCCCGCCAGCACUACCAGAAGGAGACAGAGUCGGCGCCUGGCUCUCCUCGUGCAGUCACCCCAGUGCCAACCAAAACAGAGGAGGUCAGCAACCUAAAGACGCUGCCCAAGGGCCUGUCUGCCAGCCUGCCUGACCUGGAUUCUGAGAACUGGAUUGAGGUGAAGAAGAGGCCUCGGCCAUCCCCAGCACGACUCAAGAAGUCCGAGGAGCCCAGGUUCCUCCACCAGACCUCUCUGCCUCAGCAGCUGCCCUCUCAGCAGCUGCUGUCCAAGGAUCAGGAUGAGCAGGAGGAACUGGAUUUCCUGUUUGACGAGGAGAUGGAGCAAAUGGACGGACGGAAGAACACCUUCACCGCCUGGUCUGAUGAAGACUCUGACUAUGAGAUUGACGACCGGGAUGUCAACAAGAUCCUCAUCGUCACUCAGACUCCACCUUACAUGCGCCGGCACCCAGGGGGGGACCGCACAGGCAACCACACCUCCCGUGCCAAGAUGAGCGCUGAGCUGGCCAAGGUCAUUAACGAUGGGCUCUUCUACUAUGAGCAGGACCUGUGGACUGCAAAGUUCGAGCCUGAGUACUCCCAGAUCAAGCAAGAAGUCGAGAACUUCAAAAAAGUCAACAUGAUCAGCCGGGAGCAGUUUGACACACUAACCCCUGAGCCACCUGUGGAUCCCAACCAGGAGGUCCCUCCGGGGCCACCCCGAUUCCAGCAAGUUCCCACCGACGCCCUGGCCAACAAGUUGUUUGGUGCUCCUGAGCCCUCCGCUAUCGCCCGCUCUCUACCCACCACUGUCCCCGAGUCGCCAAACUACCGCAACGCCAGGACCCCCCGCACUCCCCGGACACCACAGCUCAAAGACUCAAGCCAGACUCCACGGUUUUACCCGGUGGUGAAGGAAGGACGGACACUAGAUGCCAAGAUGCCUCGGAAAAGGAAGACGAGACACAGCUCCAACCCGCCCUUGGAGAGUCACGUGGGGUGGGUGAUGGACUCCCGAGAGCACAGGCCCCGGACGGCUUCCAUCAGCUCCAGCCCGUCAGAAGGGACGCCUACGGUUGGCAGCUAUGGUUGUACCCCUCAGUCGCUGCCCAAGUUCCAGCAUCCUUCCCAUGAGCUGCUCAAGGAAAAUGGCUUCACACAACAUGUCUACCACAAGUACCGUAGGCGCUGCCUUAACGAGCGGAAACGCUUGGGCAUCGGCCAGUCUCAGGAGAUGAACACUCUCUUUCGGUUUUGGUCCUUCUUCCUCCGAGAUCACUUCAACAAAAAGAUGUACGAGGAGUUCAAGCAGCUGGCUCUGGAGGAUGCCAAAGAAGGCUACAGAUAUGGUUUGGAGUGCCUUUUUAGAUACUACAGUUAUGGCCUAGAAAAGAAGUUCCGGCUGGACAUAUUCAAGGAUUUUCAGGAGGAAACGGUGAAGGACUAUGAAGCUGGGCAACUCUAUGGGCUGGAGAAAUUCUGGGCCUUCUUGAAAUAUUCCAAAGCCAAAAAUUUGGACAUCGACCCCAAACUUCAAGAAUACCUCGGCAAAUUCCGACGUCUUGAAGACUUCCGAGUGGAUCCCCCCAUGGGUGAAGAGGGCAGCCACAAGCGACACCCAGUGGCAGCAGGAGGUGGCGGCGGUGAGGGCAGGAAGCGGUGCCCCUCCCAGUCUUCCAGCAGGCCCGCCACUGUGGUCAGCCAACCCCCCACACCACCCACCGGCCAGCCCAUCCGGGAAGAUGCCAAAUGGACAAGCCAGCACUCAGACGCACAGACUUUGGGAAAGUGAAAGAACCUGUCGCCCUGGGGGGGUUUGUGGGGGGUGGGAGUGGGCAAGACUCCGUGGGGGUGCCCAGUCCCAGGAGAGGGGACAGAGAAGGAGCAGGCCUGGAUUCACUGGGAUGGGCCUUCGUGCUGAGCAGCAGCGUGCACACCAUUUGGGCUGUCAGAGGUACCCCUGGGCAGGAGCCUCCACACGUCCCUUCCCCCUCCUCUCUUCAUGCCUCUUUGUCACAGCCUAGCUUCUUCUAAGGGGGGAGGGACGGGGGGAGAUUUUAUAUAUAUAUAUACAUAUAUAUAUACAUAUAUAUAUCAAGUUUUAAAUUAUUGAUAGUUCAUUUGGAUUACCAAAAUCACUCUAGCCCUGCCCACGGCAGAUAGGCCGCAACCCUGGUCCCUGCCCCACGGCCUCCUGCUCCCUCUCAAGCCAACUAUGCAGCCCACACGAAGGCCCGUGGGCACCAUCGCCCGGCACUGUCCCAUGGGAGGCUCUGGCAGCGCCCCUGGGCCCCACGGGCACUGGCCCCCUUGUCAUCUGGGGCUUUCCAUCGCCGUGUCCUCUACCCGCCGUCCCCACCAUGCCCUUCUGCCAUUUUCCGGGAGAAGGAAACCAAAGGAUCUGAACAUGGAGUUGGGGGGGGUUCCACCUCCCCGCACUCCUCUCUCCCCGUGCCCCAUACUCCCCAGCCCAGAGAGACGCUGCUCAUACCAGAAAAGACUAUUGAAAGAUGAUUUAUUUUAUUUUUCUCUGACCUUUCCAUCCUUGGGGAAGAAGGAAAAAAAAAAAAA